AUUUAUUAUUUCUUUCAUACUCCACUGAGAAAAAAAAAAACAAAGAAAAGAAAAACCUCAUCUCCACCACAACCUCUAACUAUCUCUGAUGAAGUCCUAACCUUGAAAAUCCUUAAUCACUCUCUAUCUCUCCCUUUUUCCCAUGGCCAAAACCCUAAUUUCAUCUCCAUCAUUCAUUGGCGCACCUCUCCCUUCUUCUUCUUCACGCCAUGGGCUCCAACACUCAUUACUCCCUAGCCGUAGAUUCAUUUCAACAACUAAAGUCAAGUUCAGUUUACAUGAAAUUCCUCCAAUUACUCAUUUAGAUUCAGUUGACUUCAAUUCUAUUGUUAGUAGAGCUGAAAGCCUUCUCUACACCCUCGCUGAUGCUGCUGUUGCCGUUGACUCCUCUGCUGCUACUGAUACAGCUGUUCAGAAAAAUAAUGGUUGGUUUGGUUUUAUCUCCGAAGGCAUGGAAUUUGUCCUCAAGGUGUUGAAGGAUGGGUUAUCAUCUGUACACGUGCCUUAUUCUUAUGGUUUUGCUAUUAUUUUACUCACUGUUAUUGUCAAAAUUGCUACUCUCCCUUUGACCAAGCAACAAGUGGAAUCGACAUUGGCUAUGCAAAACCUUCAACCAAAGAUAAAAGCGAUUCAACAAAGAUAUGCAGGCAAUCAGGAGAGAAUACAACUUGAGACAUCACGAUUAUAUAGACAGGCUGGAGUUAAUCCAUUAGCAGGUUGUUUUCCAACUUUGGCCACAAUACCUGUCUGGAUAGGUCUUUAUCAAGCUCUUUCAAAUGUUGCGAAUGAGGGACUUUUGACAGAAGGUUUCUUUUGGAUUCCUUCUUUGGGUGGGCCAACUACAAUUGCAGCUCGACAAAGUGGAUCAGGCAUUUCUUGGCUAUUUCCUUUUGUGGAUGGCCAUCCACCAUUGGGCUGGUAUGACACUGCAGCUUACCUGGUUUUACCUGUACUCCUUGUUGUUUCUCAGUAUGUGUCAAUGGAGAUAAUGAAACCUCCCCAGACGGAUGAUCCAGCUCAAAAGAACACACUUCUUGUUUUCAAGUUUCUUCCUCUCAUGAUUGGUUACUUUUCCUUGUCUGUCCCAUCAGGAUUAUCCAUUUACUGGUUUGUAAACAAUGUUCUGAGCACAGCCCAACAGGUGUGGUUACGCAAAUUAGGUGGUGCAAAGCCUGUGGUUGAUCAGAAUGCAAGUGGAAUCAUCACUGCAGGACGUGCAAAACGAUCAGCCUCACAGCCGCAACGAGGUGGAGAUAGGUUCAGGCAGUUAAAGGAAGAAGAAAAGAGGAAGAAAUUGGGCAAGGCACUACCAGAUGAUGAGGCUCAGGCUCUGGAUUCUGCCUCUGAUUCUGAUGAGGAAUCUGAUGAAGAGACUAAGGCCAAGGGUGAGGAAGUUCUAGAGGAAGCAUAUGCUUCUAGUUCAAGCAAACAGGUUCCAGAUAUUUCUCGCCCAAAAAGAAGCAAGCGAUCAAAGAGAAAGCGUGCUGUAUAAAAGACUUUAUACUGAUCUGAUGAUUGUAGUUCUCGGUGAGUUCUGUAUAUCUCAACAAAAUGUAUUUUAGUUGAUAUAUAGUGCCAUUUUUAUCUUGGCUCAUUCAAUUGAAAAUCAAUUAAAUCUUGGAGUUUUGCCUAA